UUGGCAUCUGCGCAAAUGGGCCAGCACGCCGCGAUGCGCUGCCAACAAAAACACAACAACAUAGAAAAUGAAAAGAUGGCAGACGAAAAUGAGUGCGAUAAAGAAGCUGCUGAGAAUAUACUGAUUUUUGAGUCAAAAACUAGGGCGACAGCUCAGAGGCCGAAGCCCAACCUUUUGCACUGCCUGGCAAAUCGACAGAUUUAUGGCAGUCAUGUGGUGAAUUACCGAGCUUCGCUGUCUUCCGUCAACUCUAAACCUUUACCUGACUCGUAUUUUCUGUUCCAACUUGAGGACAUUUUCCCUGCGUCUGCCUUAUUGAAAGGCCAUAUUGUGCUUGGAUUUUCAAGAUGUGGUCAGUUCCUGUUAACAUACACAAUCAACUCUUACGAGUCGUCUGGCAUCAAUUUCACUUAUAACUACACAUUGCACUGGUGGGCGUGCAUCCCCCGAUGCAUGGCCAGAAGGGUCGCAGAGGUUACCCUCUUCAAGAACCAAGGCGUCGAAGAGAACCUGUACAUCUCACUAUGUCAGUGGCCCAACGACAACAGCAAAAUGCUUAUCUACGGGACAACGGACCCAACAAAUACAACUACAACACAGACCAAGCCUUUUUAUGUAACUGUGACCAUGGUUCCUUCGCUGCAUAACUGCCAAGAUUGCCAAAAGGUGGCUGCAACCUUUGAUGUGGAAGACCUCGCCGCAAACUGGGACAGCUGCGUGCGCUUCAGCUGUCUGCGGCAUGGUGCCACGGUGCACUCAACCUGCGACAUUGUGGCACCAUACCCAACCUUUGAGCCGACCAUCUGCAUGAAGUUGGACGGCACAGCUGUGAUCAACACGGGCAACUUCCUGCACGUGCUCAAGGUGGAGCUGGAGAACUCGAGAGUGUUGAGGGAUGAGUCUGACGAAUGCGUCGCGUGUGGCCUGCUUGCUUCCAGCCAAGAUGACCUUGAGGUCAAGCAGUCGCCGCUGAUGCUCAAAAGUCCUCCUUACGCAGCAAGUAGUGAGGAGGGCGAUGAAACUGAGUCGUGGAGACGCAGGCACUUAGAGUCAGAGAGCGAAGACUCGCACCUUAGCUCAGACCACAACUCAUUAUGCCAACAGAAUUCAAAUGAAACUAUUUUCAACAAACCGCAGGCUGCCCAGCGCAGCAAGCAACAGUUAGAGGAGGCAGAGAAGGCGUACGAGUUCAUUGAAGAAAACCCACCCGAGAUCAAACUUAGCGUGUAUCGGAUGAGGCGGCUUGCGGACAAAAAGUACGAGUUCUGCGCCGAUGAGGAGGAGUCUGAGAACAUAACCCCAUACCGGCAGGCGAAACUGGACUCGCCUAGCAAGACUGAUUGUAGAAAUAGGAACCUGCCUCAGCAGGCAACCAUGCAGGAGCUCUACAUUUACACUUCGCCACCGUUCUCACCAGCGGAUAGUGACGACAGCAGCAAAGUACUCAGGCCGCUCAACUCCAAUCUACCAUACUUUGACAACAAGAACAGUCCUAAAUCUUUUGUGAUGGCUGAGCUGGCGUCGCCAGGCAACAACCGCGGUAGAAAAGAAGCCUCAUGUGGACCAACCAUUGAGAGGAAACCUUUCAAGUAUCUGGUAAAACUGCAAAGGCGCUACUUUGAGGUGGAUGAUGAAAUGAUCUCAGUAAUAACAGAUAUAGAAGAUGAUGACAUGAGUGGGUUGACAGGGUAUCACUCAGCUUUGCCACUUGAGGUGCACGGUUCUGGUUAUGCUCAAAUGCAAAUGGUCUCUAAUUCUAAAGCAGAAAAACUUAAAUUCUCUUGUGUGCUUGUGCGGCAGAUCAGCUUUGAUAUUGAGCAGUUUUGCCACGAAGUUGCCCAGGUCCUGUGUGCCGACGCGGGCAUGCAAUACUGGUUCUGCAGUGACUAUGAUGUAGAAAUUGUAGAUAUGUGCCCAAACUCAGGAGAUUUGUUAGUCAUUGCCUUCAUACUUUUGCAAGCAAGCAAGAAAUGUGCGGCUAAGAACGCCAGGCAGGCGAGUCUGAGCAGGCGAACUUACCAAGCGAGUUUUCUCUUCUCGUGGAAUAUUGAGACUGGUCGAUAUAGUGUGACAAGGACUUCUGCCCUGAAGGAGGCUGAUUCUCUGGUUGGGACGCAAUGGCACCCGGCUCGCAUGGAGCGCGACCUCAUGAGGGCCUCUUUCCCACCCAUCAUGACACAUCCCAAAAUUAGGGAAUUAACUAACCUCAGUGUCCUCCAAGGUGAGUCUCUUCCUGCUCUGCUGGACACUGAGAACCACAUAGCCAUCAGACUGCAUGAUUAGUGAUAGCAUUGGCGCCAGAAAAUUAUUGCAUUUUCAGCUUGCAGUAGUAUUUCAGAAUGCCCAAUCAUGUAUUUUGCCCAUUCCAAAUAAUGUUGACUAAUGCUCAUGAUUUUCCUCCAUAAGACUUACAAAAGGAUCUUGAAUGGAUUUGUCACAACUGAUGAUAAUUUAACUUAUUGCUAUUUAAGUUCAAUUUCAGCAAUAGAAAUUUGCAAGUGCAUUUUAUUAAACCCAUUUUGUGAUUUUAAACCACCUCCCCUCCCCCAACUUAUGUUUAACUACUUCAGUUUGUGUAUUCCCUUUUGGAACGCUUUCGUUUGUAAAUAAUGUAUUGAUACCUGCACUGUAUGUGUCUCAAAUGCUAGCAAUAUUGUCUAAGCAUUUUUUUAUUUCAAUAGAUAUCUUCUUAUCUGAGCAAUUGAGUGAAAUUUUAAAUAUGUGAAGAAUUAUAAAACUUUCAACUGUGUUAUCACGAAGUUGUGCUUUAAACAAAUGUAACAUAUGAGAUAAUUCAUAUUGAAUGAGGAAAGGAAAGACACAGUGAGUGUGGAAUUUAAAUCGAUUUACUGCGUGAAUUAUUUUUAUGUCAUCACAAAUCGGCAAUAAAGUUAAUGCGAUAUUGAAUUCAUAA